AUGCAAAAGCAGAUGCCUCGGAAGCUUUAUAUUCUUGUGCCUGAUAAGCCAGCACAGAUUCAGAAUGAAAGUGCAAUUGCAGCAAAGACAAUUUCUUCUGUGAUCAGAACAUGCCUUGGGCCAAGAGCCAUGCAGAAAAUGGUGCUUACAAAGAUCAAUUCUAUUGAACUAACGAAUGACGGAAAUGCGAUAUUAAGGGAGCUUGAUGUUGCACACCCGUCUGCAAGGUCGUUGAUAGAACUGGCUAAGACACAGGAUGAUGAGGUUGGGGACGGUACAACGUCUGUUGUUAUCCUUGCAGCUGAGAUUCUUGGGGAAAUGAGAAAUGUGCUGGACAAGAAUAUUCAUCCAAUAAAGAUAUGCAAAGCAUUGAGCAAAGCACUUGAAAUAUGCAUAAAGACAAUUGAAAGUGCAUCACUUUCAUUGGACACAUCGAAUGACAGUACACGACUGAUGAUAAUACGUGGAAGCGUAGCAACAAAGGUGUGUGGUGUUCUUAAGAUCCCGAUUGAAGAGCUUGCUCUUGAGACAGUGAAGAAGGUGUAUUCUAAGGAAGACAAUAAAUGUGACCUUAAGACAAACAUGAAGGUUGAGAAGAUAUUGGGGGGGAAUUUCCUGGAGUCUGAAGUUUUAGAUGGGGUGCUGAUCAACAAGGAGAUUAUUCAUCCUCAAAUGCACAGGAAGAUUGAGAAUCCCAGGAUAGUUAUGAUUGAGUCUCCACUUGAGUAUAAGAAGGGCGAAAGCCAGACGAAUUAUGAGUUUUCGAAGGAGGAUGCUUUUACAAAAGCACUUGAAGUGGAGGAAGAGCAGGUAAGGGAAAUGUGCCGUGAGAUACUUGCAGUCAACCCUGAUAUUGUUGUAUGUGAGAAGGGAGUUAGCGACCUUGCAUUAUCAAUUCUGUUUGAAAAUAACAUUACGGGACUUAGAAGGAUGAAGAAGACUGACAUGUCUAGGCUUAGUAAAGUGUGUGGGGCUAGGAUAGUUAACAGAGCUGAAGAUCUUGAUGAAAAGCAUGUUGGAACGCUUUGUGGAAGUUUUGAGUAUGUGAAGCAUGGGGAGGAGUAUUACUGCAAGUUUAGUAAGUGUGCCAAUCCAAAGGCAUGUAGUGUGAUAAUACGAGGACCUACGAAGGAUAUCCUGAAUGAGCUUGAGAGGAAUUUUAUGGAUGCAGUCAAAGUUGCAAAAAAUAUUUUUGUGAGUCCAAAGUUAUGUCCUGGAGGAGGUGCUAUGGAGAUGGCGAUGGCAAGGGCAUUGAAAGAAAGCAUUGGAAAGGAUGAGGCAGAAACCGAGGUGUUUUCAAGGAUGGCGUCUGCACUUGCUGUUAUUCCUUCGAUACUGCUUGAGAAUUCUGGCGUGUUUAAUCCGAUGGAGGCGAUUACUGUUUUAGAGCAGAAGCAGAAGGAAGGAUCGUUUUAUGGGAUUGAUGGAAUAAGUGGGGAGGUUGUUGAUACGAGAAGCAUUGUGCUUGAACCGUAUGCAGUUAAGAGCCAAUGCAUUAAGUCUGCAGUGGAGGCUGUUUCACAGCUUCUGAGGAUUGAUGGAAUAAUUGAAAGCAAACAUUGA